AGAUACAAUUGAUCAAUUAGCAAUUGAAUUAACUCAUAAUUUGGAUAAUAUAGUAAGAAAGAAUGAAAAACAUCUAAAAAGUAUAAAUCUUUCAAAUAGUAAAUGGAUUUUUAUAGAAAGUCUAAUUAAUUUGCUUACUUUAUUUGAAGAG